AUUUCACUAUAAUAACAUAUAUAUUAUUGAUAAAGCAUUAUUAUCAACUGAACUCCGCUUAGAUCAUCUUUUCGUAAACAAUGAUUUAUCGUCCCUAUUCUUCUAGGACCGUUUUAAAUUCAGUCAAUGCUGUCAAAGUCCGGGAGAAUCGGUACAAGAGUUUAUCACUACUUUAAAAAUGUCAGCAAGCCAUUAUGAGUUUGAUACAUUUUUGGAUGAUGCACUCCGCGAUAGACUAAUUGUAGGUUUGUGGAUGAAGCUUUUCAAAGGAAAUUACUGGGAGGAACCUCAUUAACUUUUCAGAAGGCAUGUGAAAAAGCGUUGAACGAAGAAUUAGUGAAAAGUCAGUCUAAUCAGAUAAAAAAUAAUGCACAAGUUUAUUGGAUCACAAAGAAGUUCAAAAAUAAAUCAUAGUCAUAUAAGUCAAAUCAGUUUAAGAAAAAACCAGUGCAGUAGCAAGUAGUAGUCAGUCAAAAAAUUAAAGCGGUUAUGUGUCAAAGCGAGGUAGUCAAUCGCGUAGUCACAGCAGGGGUGAAAAAAGGAUACGAAAAAAGAUACGAUGUUACCGGUGAAACUCAUGACGCUUGUAACUGUUCAGCAAAACAAUGGGAGUGUUUCAAUUACAAAUUAAAAGAAAUUAAAUUAAUAGAAACUGUUAAUAAUAUAGGUACAUUGUAUAAAUAUAGUAUUGCAAAUGUAAAAGUAAAUGAACCACUUAUUGUUGAGUUAAUUGUAAAUGACAUACGAUGUUGAUAGUGGUGCUUUAGUUAUUGUUUAUUGUUGUUGAUUUUUAACAGAUAUUUUAGAAAUAUCAAGUUAGAAAAAGAAAAAAUUAAAUUGUCAUCGGUAAAUAAGGCGUCUAUAACAGUAGUGAGUUAAUUAAUUAUAAAUAUGAGUUCCUAAAAAAUUAAAUUAUUAAAUUACCGUUGAUUGUAACAGAAAAUUGUAUAAAACAAUUACUUUUGGGUCGUUCGUUGUUAAAUUAAUUGUUUCCAGAAUGGAAAAAUAUUUUUUAUUGUCAUAAAAUAAAAUUAGUAUGUAAUGAAAUAAAUCAUAAUAAAUUAGAAUGUAUAAAAAAAACUAAUGAAAAUCAAGUGAAUGACACGGACAUAGUGGGUGUAAUUUAGUUGAAAUUUCUGGGUGUAGUUAAAUGGUUGAUUAAUGAGGAAGAAUGUGUAAAAGAUCAUAAAAUAAAUUUAGAAUUAACAGAAAAUAGUGUGCUGAAAUGUCAAAGGGCGUAUCAAGUGUCAUAUGCGUUAAAAUCCGCAGUAGAAGAAGAACUGGCGGGAUUAAAAAAAGAAGGGAUAAUAUCUCAUGUAAAGUGUAAGUGGGCGUCUUCGAUAGUUAUAGUACCAAAAAAAGUAAUAAAAUACGAAACAUGA